UCCUCAGUCCUCUCUCUCAAACUCAAAUCCCAAACCAUAACCUCGACUUAUAUCACUUUCUUUUCUCCUUUAUUUUUCCCACUCAUUUCAUUUCUUCCUCCAAUUAUUCCCUACUUUCCAUGGCUUCCUUCAUGCCCAAUCUCGAUCCCGCCCCCGACACGUGUCCCGAAUUCAAACGGAGGAAACGAAGGAUAAUCGACCAAAACCCUGCUUCGCAUCAACGUAACCAAACAAAUAAGCGAUGGCGAACGCAGCGCCAGCAGCACAUCUACUCCUCCAAGCUCAUCCAGGCCCUCCGUCGUUCUCGGAGGACCUCAGCCGCCAAGGAAGUCCACGAGACGGCUGACAGAGUUCUCGCCGUUCUGGCCAGAGGAACCACGCGUUGGAGCAGAGCGAUCCUCACCUCUCGCAAGAUUUCGAAACAUAAGAAAGCCAAGGUCGUCGCCGAUACGAGGUUGAGGAAGCCGGCGAUUAAUAGGGAGAAGAGGAAAGCGCCUGUCGUUCAGAGAAAGUUGAAGCUCUUGGCUCGUCUCGUUCCCGGUUGCCGGAAACUAUCCUUCACAAACCUUCUAGAGGAAACUAGCGAUUACAUAGCGGCCCUUGAGAUGCAAGUUAGGGCCAUGACGGCUAUCACCGAGUUUCUCGCCGGCGGCGGACCGCAGCCGCCGGCUGAUCGGUUUUCGACUAAUGUCAACUCUUGAACAGGUGUUCAUUACGAUUUUUUUUUGAAACUGUUUUUUCAGUGAGAUUUUUAAAUUCCUGUAUUUUUGUGUAUACAUGACUUUUUCCUCUUCUUUUU